CCUUUUCAUCCUCUUCCUCCACAGUUGCUCGGCCGCUGUGCUCCCCUCCUUUGUUGCUUGCUUUCCCCUUCCUCGGUCGCCAAAUCUCUCCAAAUUCGCGCCUUGUCUCUCCAGAAAAGCUGGGCCAAUUCGCCCGGCCCGUGCCUUUACCUCCGAGCUAACGACCUGCACAUGAGAUCAUGAGCUCCGAGGACUCGCUCAAGUCCCUCUCGCUGGACUACCUCAACCUGCUCAUCAACGGCCAGGCCUUCAGCGACGUCGCCUUCAGCGUCGAGGGCCGCCUCGUCCACGCCCACCGCUGCGUCCUCGCCGCGCGCAGCCUCUUCUUUCGCAAGCUCUUCUGCGGCCUCGACCCAAACUACCAGCCGCCGCCUCCCCACUUGAGCCCAGGCGCCCGUGCCGCGGGAGCGGCGCCGGAGCUGGUCAUCCCCGUCAGCUCGAUCCGGUACGAGGUCCUGGUGCUGGUGCUGCAGUUCCUCUACAGCGGGCAGGCGUCAGUGUCGGCGCCUAAGAGCGGGCCGCUGCCAGGGUGCGGCGACCGCGGGUGCUGGCACACCCAGUGCGGCGCGGCCGUAGACCUCGCUCUCGACACGCUCGCCGCCGCGCGCUCCUUCGGCGUCGAGCAGCUCGCAGUGCUGGUCCAGAAGCAGAUGGAGAGUAUGGUGAAGGAGGCGUCCGUCGACGACGUGAUGAAGGUCCUCAUGGCGUCGCGCAAGUUCGAGAUGCAGGAGCUCUGGGUCACUUGCUCCCACCUCGUGGCGCGCUCGGGUCUCUCCACCGAUCUCCUCGCCAAGCACCUCCCGAUCGAUGUGGUCGCCAAGAUCGAGGAGAUCCGCUCCAAGUCCCCGGUCGCCGCGGCGAGCACGCCUCGCUCGCCGUUCCUGACUCACCACUACCUCCCCAUCAACGGGCCAUCCUCCGCGGCGGACCGCGACCACAAGAUCCGGCGCAUGCGGCGGGCCCUCGACAUGGCCGACAUUGAGCUCGUUAAGCUGAUGGUCAUGGGCGAGGGUCUCGACCUCGACGACGCGCUCGCCGUACACUACGCCGUCCAGAACUGCAACCGCGACGUCGUCAAGGGACUCCUCGAGCUCGGCGCGGCCGACGUCAAUUCCUGCGCCGGCCCGACGGGGAAGACCCCCCUGCACCUGGCGGCCGAUAUGGUUUCCCCCGAUAUGGUGUCCGUCCUCCUCGACCACCACGCGGACCCCAACUCCCGGACGCUCGACGGCGCCACUCCGCUCGACGUGCUCCGCAGCCUCACCUCCGAGUUCCUCUUCAAGGGCGCGGUGCCGGGGCCCACGCACAUCGAGCCUAACAAGCUUAGGCUGUGCCUCGAGCUCGUGCAGUCAGCGGUGAUGGUGACCACGCGCGACGAGGGCGCGCCCGCUAGUGGCGACGCGGCCGGGGGAAGCGACAGCGGCAAUUUCCCAAGGAGCGACGCCGACGACAGCUUGGUGAGCCUGACAAUGAACUCAACGCUCAUGUACCAGGGCCAGGAGAUGGCGGCAGCGAUCGCCGGAGAUGCAAGGAAAGGGAAUGGCGGCCGAGGGAGCCCGUCCAACUUGUUCUUCCCCAAUGGCUUCCCAUAAGUAUUCCUUAUCUAGCAUUGCCUUUUACAUAUCCAUUGAUCUUUCUCUAGCUCUGCUUUGUGAGGUCAUUGUUGAGAUGGUGUAGCUGCUAGCAACUAUUUGACUAGGAGAUUUGAGCAAGAAUUUCAUGGUAUUUGAUGUGGAGUGUUCGAUCUUUGCAUGAUUGAUCGAUUGGGCAGCAACUGUUGCUUUGUUCAAAUCCCUAACUAUUCACUGUGAUGAAUCUUGUAAUGUGGUUCAAUUCAAUC